CUUCAGGCUGUCCUCAGUGCAGCAGAGUGGGCAGAAGGGAAGCCUUGGAGAGGGUCACACGCACAGCUAGAGGGAGAACACAGAGGAGUAAAUUGCUGACAGACAAACAGGGAUGGACCUGUCUUCAGCUCUCUCACUGGAAACCUGGGCGCUCCUGGCAAUCAUCCUGGUGCUCCUCUACCGAUACGGGACCCGUACACAUGGACUUUUUAAGAAACAGGGAAUUCCUGGGCCAAAACCUCUGCCUUUUUUAGGCACUGUACUGAAUUACUACAAGGGUUUAUGGAAAUUUGACAUGGAGUGCUAUGAAAAGUAUGGAAAAACAUGGGGGUUGUUUGAUGGUCAAAUGCCUGUGUAUGCCAUCACGGACCCAGAGAUGAUCAAGAAUGUGCUAGUGAAAGAAUGCUUUUCUGUCUUUACAAACCGGCGGGAUUUUGGCCCAGUGGGGAUUAUGAGAAAAUCCAUCUCUAUAUCUAAGGAUGAAGAGUGGAAGAGAUAUAGAGCCUUGCUGUCCCCUACAUUCACCAGUGGAAAACUCAAGGAGAUGUUCCCUGUCAUUGAACAGUAUGGAGACAUUUUGGUAACGUACUUGAGGCAAGAGGCAGAGAAAGGCAAGACUGUUACUGUGAAAGAAGUGUUAGGUGCCUACAGCAUGGAUGUGAUCACUAGCACCUCAUUUGGAGUGAACAUUGAUUCCCUCAACAACCCGGAGGACCCUUUUGUGGAGAAAGCCAAGAAGCUCUUAAGAAUUGAUUUUUUUGAUCCAUUGUUCUUCUCAGUAGCACUCUUUCCAUCCCUCAUCCCAAUAUAUGAGAUGUUAAAUAUCUCCAUAUUCCCAAAAGAUUCAGUAGAAUUUUUCAAAAAAUUUGUGGAGCGAAUGAAAGAAAACCGCCUGGAUUCUAAGCAGAAGCACCGAGUGGAUUUUCUUCAGCUGAUGAUGAACGCUCAUAAUAAUUCCAAAGACAAAGACUCUCAUAAAGCACUUUCUGACAUGGAAAUCACAGCCCAGUCAAUUAUCUUUAUUUUUGCUGGGUAUGAAACCACCAGCAGCACACUUUCUUUUGUCUUGUAUUGCCUGGCCACUCACCCUGAUAUCCAGAAGAAACUGCAGGAGGAGAUCGACAGGGCUCUGCCCAAUAAGGCACCUCCCACCUAUGAUAUUGUGAUGGAAAUGGAGUAUCUGGAUAUGGUGUUGAGUGAAACCCUCAGAUUUUAUCCCAUUGCUAAUAGACUUGAGAGAGACUGUAAAAAAGAUGUUGAAAUUGAUGGUGUUUUUAUACCCAAGGGGUCGACAGUGAUAAUUCCGAUUUAUGGUCUUCACCAUGACCCACAGCACUGGCCAGACCCUGAAGAAUUCCGCCCUGAAAGGUUCAGCAAGGAGAACAAGAGUAACAUUGAUCCUUAUAUAUACAUGCCCUUUGGAAAUGGACCCAGGAACUGCAUUGGCAUGAGGUUUGCUCUCAUGAGCAUGAAACUCGCUCUCACUAAAGUUCUGCAGAACUUCUCCUUCCAGCCUUGUAAGGAAACACAGAUACCUCUGAAAUUAAGCAGACAAGGACUUCUUGAACCAGAAAAACCUAUUGUUUUAAAGGUUGUGCCACGGGAUACAGUCAUAACUGGAGCGUGACUUUCUCUCAUGGAGUUCUGCUGAGUUCUUCAGAAAUGCAGUGUCUAUGAACAUUUAACCCUUCAAUUUACCUCAUGAAUGAAUUCCAGAUAAAAAUUGGGCUUAAUUGACUGGUCUUGACUCAUGGCUAUUGAUUCAGUAUAUCCAUUAAUCUUCUUCCGUUUCAAUACAAAGUCCCAUCUAAUAUAAAGGAGAUGACAAGUCAGUGACAGAAUAGUAAAUUCACCUUCACUCAUUCUCAUGGGACCAUUUCCAUCCACAUCUGGUUUUCUCUAUUAAUUUCUUUUGAACUCUUUUGUAGUAACCGUGUAUCUGUAAUUUGAUCAACAUUUUUUUUUUUUUUGAGGAAAAAGUGAAAUAUUGUGAUAACUCUAAUUGUAGAAUUUUUAUCAGAUGUUUUA